CGUUUUUGUGGUUACAGUAAUUUGCCAGGAAAAAAUCAUACUGCACACGGUAUAACGCUCUAAAAGUGCUCAACAUAUCGUCGUCUUGCACAGUGCUUGGGUUUCUUGUCAGGAGGGUACGGGAAAUGACCAAAACAGCGAGCCUCAAAUGAAUUGGAAGCAUACCAACCAGCUCGAUCGUACUGGCUUUUAUAGACACACUGGGGGCUGAGGACUUUCGAUUGGCCUUUCGACAAGACGCGACAACCAGGAACGCAUGGUGUGGUGACUUACGUUACAAUGACCUUUUAUGCAUGCUGCUGGAUCAACAUGGACUCGUCCGACGAUGACGUCGACGAAGGCGUGGUGUUGUUGUGCUGGUGUCGUUCGAUCUCCUUUUUCACUCGGCGGUACUCUAUCGAUUGCUUCGUUGAGAUUCUGUGGCCCAGGACUAGCACAAAUGCACUCAACGCCACGGACGCGGUUAGCAACACCAAGGACGUGGCAGCGUACGCUUGAAGGUCCGGGCAGGACAGGCCCGCGGCGUUGGUUUGGAGCGACAUGGACAAGCGGCAGUUGUCCUGGAAGGAUGUCGUGGAUAGAAACGGGUAGAGGAAGUGGCGGAUGGAGAAGAGGGCAAGGACAAUCGUAGCGCCAUGCAAGCUCGAGUACAACCACGAGAGGAUGCAAAUGUGGAGUUGGCGACAUCGCGCUCUGCAAACGGAUGAAGCGCUGAAGACGGCGCUUGUGGCUAGCGCCGCAACGUACACGAGGAGCGCAAGCGUGGACGUCGGUCGAGGUGUGAAGAGGAAGGCCGGGCUAAAGCACAUGGCAUGCAGAGGUAGCACUAUGAGAAGCUUACACUCGUCGCGGAGCAUGAUGGUGGCGCGCGGCUUUACAAGUGAUUUCGAAGAUUUCGU